AUGGGUUGCGUAACAAAACGACGAAAUACAGGGACAAGUCGGCGUAAUGUUUCAAAUGAAUGUGAAAUACCUGAUGAAAUCGAUUUUGAUACAGCAUGGAAAGUUUAUAUGCUCAACAAAUCUGCGUGCCUUCUUCAUUAUGUUCCUAAUCCAAAAACCAAAAACUGUCGUGAUAAUCCAUAUUGUUUGGGACGUUUGGGCUUGGAAAAAUGGGACAAAUUAUUAAGUUGUAUCAAAAAUGAAAAUAAGACGAACACCGAUUUGGAUCGACGUGAUAUUGCGAGGAUACCUUGUGGUUUAGUGAACCUCGGAAAUUCAUGUUAUGUGAACAGUUUUCUGCAGAUAUUUUUCAAUGACCCUGUUUUCCGCAAAUGCAUUUAUGACUGGCGACCAGUUGCUAAUUUUGUCAAACCAGAAGGAGAAAAAAUAAAUAUUGAGGAGCUGAUGCACUGCAUACAAAAAUUAUUUAUAACUUUACAAAUUACACCUUAUGAAGAUACCAGUGCUGAAGGAUUGGUUAAGCUGUUGCAGCUGGAUGGCAAUCAACAUGAUGCUUUAGAGUUUCAAAUACUUUUCUUUGGUAAACUUGAAAAACUGCUCAGCUAUCAUGUUCAAUGGCAUGGAGUACGCGAAACUAUUCUCAAAAGGUUCCAGGGAGCUAUAACGCAAACAAUUUCUUGCAAAUGUGGACGCCGCAGUGUUACGGAGUUACCAUUUAAUCCAUUUUAUUUAAGUAUUGAAAAAGCUAGAUCGUUAUCAAAGGCAUUGGAAUAUUAUUUUCUUCCAGAAGAAUUACCUGACUACAAAUGUAGCGAAUGCGGACAAACUGGUUCUGCACAAAAUCGUCUUGCCAUUAAGGAGCCUCCACCUGUGCUAACAAUACAACUUAAUCGAUUUACAUAUGAUGCUGUGGGACACAAAAAGAAGAUUCACUCACCGUUACAAUACCCAAGAGUUUUACAACUCGGUGAUGUAAAGUAUGACAUUUGUGCUGUAAUGAUACAUGAAGGUCCUAAUGCUGAUUGUGGACAUUACUACGAUCUAAUAAAGCAUCCAGGCACUAGGCAAUGGUUCACAUAUAAUGAUGAGGUUGUAAAACCAUCUGCUACUCCCGGUGUAAGUGUUGAAAAAGAACGCACAUCAAAAGUUACUGCCGAUAUGAAAGGUUGCUACGCUUUAGUUUAUCGUCAAGAAAAUGAAGAGAAUUCAGCUAUUCCUGCUGUUCCGGAAGAUUUAUUAGGUGAUAUCGCUAACAAGCUAGAAGAAGAAUUCAUUGCUCAAACCAGUGCAACCACAGAAAUGACUCUGAGACUUAAAAAUACUGUUGAAGAUUAUCACAAACGUCUUACGGAUACAUUCGAUAAAUUACAGGUAAAGAAAAGCGAAAAAAUGUUGAAGAAUCCAGAUGACAUUGUAUUUUUACCCACUGAAUUAUUCAGUACUGUUUUAUCUUAUGAAUUCAGCAAGAUGGUGGAAAAUAAUGAUGAGGUUUUCAAAAAUGUUGCAAAUAACACUAGAAAUGCUGCGGUCAUCAAAUCAUUGAAUUGUAAAAAUACGCAUGAGAGUGGAUCGAAAUCAUCAUUCUCGUUGUGUGUACAUAAUCGUGUAUCACUUGGCAGUGUAAGAAGUGGCGCAAUAAAAGCUGUAAUGAAAAGCGCAGCAAGAAAUUUUUUGACAUCUUAUGGUGUCGAAUUUGUUGAUUUAAAAACUGGGUCAGAUAUUUGCUUGGAAUGCGUAGAAGCACUCAAGGCACGCAAUGAAUUUGUCAGGAAAGUUCAACUAAAAGAAAAGCUAGUAAAGCAAUUGUUACGAGAGAAAUCAAAAAGGUAUUAUCAUUCGGAAAAUUGCUUUUGGGUAUCAGUACGUUGUUUAUCGCAAUAUCGACAAUUAGCUUUACGUGCGCAUGAACAGUCCAUAAAAUCGUACGCAGAAAUUACAGAAUUAAAUUAUUUUUGGCCAUGUAAACGAUUUGGAAAGCAAGAAUCAGUGACAGAUUGUGAUCCUUCAACAUCUGAAGUUUCACAAAGGCUUUUAUUGGAAACUGGAUCUGGAAAAGCAGUUGAUGAGUUUGGCUUGCCAGAUGAUUUUGGUCCGGUAACCUUCUCAAGUAAUGGUGGCGAUUCUUCAGAAGCUGCAGUUAAUGGUAGCUCUACUGAGGGAAAUUCAUCUGCAACUGGUGAUACAUCAGAGCAAAAUACUUUUGUUGAUGGAAAACAGGGUAGUCGAAAACGGGCAGUUCUAUAUUGCAAAGAUCAGGUUGUUGACUCUGUUAUGGAAAAAUGUACUGAUAGUUAUCAAAUUUCAAUAGUGGAUAACUUGGAUUCGUCUAAAAAACAAAAGUUAUUUGAUAAUGAUACUUAUUCAACAACUCGACAGACAAGGUCUUCAUCUGAAUCACCACCGGAUAUUGCCGAAGUGCCAGAUAUGGUCUCUACUGCUAUUGGAAAAAGUGAAUGUGAUGAAGAUGUUAAUGAAGCACAAGUUGAACAAUCAACUGAUACGAAUGAGACUUGUAGUGAUAAUUUAGUCGCAGCUACUUUUGAUGAAUUUGGCCCAUCACAUUCGGGGAAAGAAUCAAGUAAACAGCAAAGUUCGACUAUCGAUGAUAAUACACAAGGAUCAUCAGAGAGUAAUAUUCAACCUAGAGAUGCACUUCAGGAAGAUAUGGAUUGCACUCAAAGUGAAGAAGAUGAAGAAGAAGAAAGUUUGGUGGUUUUCAAUGGUGACCUACGAUGUGAACAUGGACUUCUGGAUUACGAAUGCUGGAUGACAAAUGAACGACGCAUUGUUGUUGAUGAAAAUGAGUGGAAGGAAUUAACUGUUGGAAUUUUUGAACCGGACCAUUUGUGGUGUAUUAGUGUUGAUGAAUUUCCUUGUUCCAUUUGUAAAUCAGGUUAUUUGUACAAAAAAGAUGAUUGGGAGGAAACCUUACGGCGUAUGAAGGAAAUACGUUUGGCUAUCGGUGAAUUGAUUCGUACAGCUGUUCGAAGGACAAUAACGGUGAAGUCACCGACGCCUCAAAUUUACCAACGUGUUAUUUGUCGAAAUUUUUUGAAAAAUCUGAUUUCAGCAUUCAAAAGCCGUGUACGAAAUCCAACUAUUCCAACCAUUUGUCAAGACUGUAUGCUUUGUUCACUACACAAAAAACCAUGUGUAUUAAUUGAUAAUACCGAGGGUUUGGCUGUUCCACUUACUUUAGAAGAAUGGCAAAAAAUUCUAGCAGCUAUGCAAAUCAGUGAUGAUGAUGUUGUGCUCAUUUGCCUUGAUAACAAAGGAGUAUGUGAAAUGUUCUGUGAUGAAUGUUUUCGGCAGCAACAACUUCAAGUUGAACAUCAACGUUUUGUUUACGAAAAUGGCGCUGAAAUUUAUGUGAAACUUAAAAGUGAUAAGAAUGAUGAACCAAUAAAAACAGCAAACGGUGAUUUGAUAGCACCCUUUAAUGCUACUCCAUCAUUGAUUCGUCCGGAACGGCAUGCAACAACAAGGCGUGCAGUCGCGAAAUGUUCCAUGGUUUUCAAAAUGACGUCUCUGAAUACAAUUCAUCAGUUGAAAAUAAAAAUAUAUCAAAAAACGGGUCAACUACCAAACGAUCAACUUAUUUAUAUGAAAGAAAGGCUUCUCAACGAUUCGGAUACUUUAGAAGAAGCUCGAGUUGAUCCACAAGAGCUUAUUGAAACACCAUUAACAUUGAUUGUACAACAACCUACCGAAAUCCCAACAGAACCACGACAAUUGGAACGUGGUUUUGCUGAUACUGCUUUGUCGCAUUCUUAG